AGGUCCUCCUACAUUUCUUUGUCUUUAUCCCUACGUUUUCGAAAGCCUUACCCAAAUGAAAAUCAUUUAGCUGACGGUGGUUCCCACGCCGCCUCGGCUUUUUGGGACACCCGUUCUACCGGCCCACUACUGUCCACGACCUGUAUCGUAUUUUUUAUUCGAAAGAAGUCUUUUUUUCAAGCAAUAACAAACGAUGGCGGUGCGCUUUUCUCUUUCGUCACGCCGAAGUCUACAAAUUGCAGGCAAGGUUGUACAUGUUUUACCGUUCUUUGGAUCGUAGGUCGAUGAAGGUCUGCCUUCGCGGCUGCGGCGGGGGGAGCUACGCCGGAUUCUCGGAAUUUUCGUCGCGUGGAGGAACUUCGUAUUGGCAAAGAGGAUAUUUAUAAGUACCUUUCCGGGCGUAAGAUGAAGCUUCGCCUCGUAGCGGUACUUGCCGUCGGGCGCGUGCUGGAAGAUCACUUGCGGACACGGUUCAGACCCGAUGACGAUACUGUGCACUCCUGCGCAGUGGAGGACAUCUUCGCUCAGCUGGAAGACAACGCGACGACCCGGAAUAAACUUGAUCAUGGCCGCCGUUUCCACCAACCUAUCGAGCCAAAGCGCCGCGAUGGCGGUGCAGGCCCCUUCUCUCCUAGAGAACGACGGUCGCAGCUAUUCGCGAACGCGGCCGCGCACGAUGGCACCAGCAACGCGAUGAACACCACUACGACAGAAGCUCCGACGGUGUUUGUCGCCACCGGCGGGUACCUGAUCACGCAAGCGCCGCCCCCUCCGGAAGGGGUGUACAACCCCUGUAAGGGCGAAAAGCCGCCAGAAACGUACGAGGAAAUAUUGGCGGCGGAGGAGGAGGAGCGACAGGCGGAGCGGGACCGGGCCGCGAUCUUGAACUUUGUUCUGAUGGUGCUGAUCGUGAUUGUGCUUCUCCCGACUGUGAUUUUUCCCAUGCUGGGCAUGACAUUCCUGUCCGGCCCGUUUGCGUUUCUGUACAAGGCACUCGCGGUGAACGCCAUCCCGGAGUCGCGGUACCACGCGCCGCUGCAGCAAAACCCGGACGUUAUGGACUUGGAGUACCCCUGGUACAGUUUCACCGAGGACAUGCAGUUGUGCGUGCACGUGUGCUGCUGCUACGCGGCCCGGGUGGUAUGAAAUGCAAAAGCAUCGUACUAGUAUAAAUCGCAUGACAAAUCUCCUCAGCGUGAGAAAUAAAAUUUGUAAUGCGGAUUGAGCCUGAGAAAUAAAUUUGUAAUGCGUGAAUGCGAUUAGUGCGAGUACUUUUGCACAGGAUAGGUGGCCCACACGUACGACGCAGCGGAGAUCAUGCCCUUCUUAUCAAAUGUAAAAAUGUCUGGGUCUGGAAACUUGUGAUGCUGGGUGGCGUCUCAUGAUGAGGCCACAAAUGCUGGCUCAGCAUGAGAAGUUUCUGAGCUUCUAGGUGUUGCCUAUUCUGCAUGACAAACUGCGUUUCUGCAUCACAGAAAAAUGGAGCGCUUGGGUAACGUGCGUGACAGCUUUAAGAGUCAUGCCAGACAAGCAUGACAAACAUGCAUUCUUCCAGACCCAGACAUUUUUGCAUUUCAUACUUCUGGGACGCGUACAAGCGGGCGAUCAUCUUCAACAUCUUUGCGGCCCCGGCGUUCUGCGAGCAGCGGUACCAACUGCGCAAAACCAAAGGACUCAAUCACGACUGGUUUGACAUGACCAUGCAGGAACAGCGCCGCGCCAUGGUGGAAAGCUUCGUGUGCUGCUUCUGCUACGCGUAUCAGGAAGCCAAGGAGUUGGACGAUGCGGCACAUGUCCAGAUCGUUUGCUGUUGCCAAGUCGCGGAUACCGAGGACAAAUACGCCGAAUUUCCUAUUGUCGGCGCUGCGGUCGCCGCGAAAAAGGCCGAGGAUACUUCUAGUACGGUAGCGGACAAGGCUGGCGCCCUCUCGAGACAGCCGUCGGGCGCGGAGUUGGGCAAGGAGGGAGGUACUUGCUACUAUCCUGAAGUUCUGUAUGUGAAGAUGAUGAAAAUUAAGUUUUGAAUUUUAGAAAAUCCACUUUCUACAACUAAUAGGUCUUUCAUCAUGAUCAAAAAUAUCUGAUUUCCUCCUUUCUUUCUGCAGUUCCGUUGACCCAGAAGACGCUGCAGCAGCUGGAGCAGGCAACCGGGGGUGAGCGUGGUCAGGCCAUUCCUGCGGAUCAGCAGUCCUUUGCGUCCAAAGUGAUCCAGGAUUUGGAAUCACACGCCGGUGGCACAAGCCGCGCCUCUCCCGCAAAGAAGAAGGCUCUGGACGAUCGUUCGGACGUGAUGUCCGUUGCCUCGCACAAAGUUCUCCAAAAGUCUGUCAGCAAGGGAAACGAGCCCGAGGCUGUCAUGCAGCGCAUCGGGGAGGAUUCCCCGAUUGGCGGCAUGCAGCAACUGGAGGACGCCGCGGAGGGCGCUGGCGACGACGACGCACGAGAGCUCACCGAGGAGCAACUGGCGGCGCAGGAAGAGCGGCGAGAAAAGAGGGCGCGAAGGUUAAGAGAAAGACGGGCACUGGAAGCGACAAUCACGGAAGACGAGCGGCUGCGCAAGCGCACACGCAUCCAGAGCAUACACGCGCGCGAAAAGGGGAAAGCGCCCGGGAUUCCGUUCGAGGUGCAUUCGUCAAAAAAGCGAGCCCAGAUGGAGCGCGACCGCGCCGCGAAAGAGGAGCGCAAGCUCGCGGCAGAACGGGAGCGGCUGCGGGCAGAAGGUCUGCUGCCGCCGGAAAGCACCGCGUAUUCCAGCACCGAGGACGCCAUGACAGAGGUCGCGCGCACGGAGCGGUCCCUGCGCGGGGCCGUGAACGACUUGAACCGAGCCGACGGCGAGGCAUCCGAGACGGAUGUGUACUCCAUGCACACGAAACAGCGGUCCUUGAAAGAAAGCACCUACGCAACCUCGGAGACAACCGACGACUCGGAGUACUCCAGCACGUACAUGGCGAAAAGGCAGGCGAAACAGAUGCGGCGAAAGCAGCGCGCGGCAGAGAAGUCGUACAUCGACAACGCGGACGACAUCAGCGACGCCAGCACAACCGCAAAAGCACUCGCCCGGGUGAAGCUGCCCGGCGGGGUGUUCACGAAAAAGCAGUUCAAACGCCUGGAUGAAAUGAAAAUCGUAUAAUUGCUUUGUCAAGUUUUUCUGCAAUUUGAUAAUGUGCGAUUCCUGGGACGAGUAGCUCUAGACACAGAUCAUCGGGUUGUUUUUACCUCAGUUUUAUUGCAUCGGGAUGUUCACUCGCAUAAAAACUGCAGCGCAAGCUUUUUCGAGAAGCAGAUGCAGAUCAGUCCGGCAGCAUCAACAUCGAAGAGUUCGGGUUGUUUUUGGACCGCAGGUUUGGCGUGCGGCCUAACAUGUCGACGCUGGAUAUGCUGUUGAAGAUGAUCGAUGACAACAACGACGGGGAAAUUGACGAGGAGGAGUUUGUGGCCUUUUUCAUGCUCAUCCUGAAAUACGCCAACGACGCGAAGAAACUCAACGACUUGCGUUCGAAGAAGUUCUUCAUUGCCGUCUGCAGUAACGGAGCGCUGCUUCUCAGUUUCGGGUUUCUCACCCUGUUCGCGUACCAGUCUGCGAAAAAGUGCGAGGAGGUGUGCGUCGACGAGAACAUCGCUUGCCCGGGGGAAACGCGCGCGCACUGCACCCUGAGGUGCUUUGAACCGAAAGAACCCAAUACGUAUGUCGAGUACGGCCUGGUGGCUAGCAUGAUGUUCUGGAUGCUCGCGAGCGGUAUGCUGAUUUUCCUAUUCUUCUUGUUCUGCUGCCCAGCCAUUGUCACCUGCCUUGGAAUGCUGUGCGGUGGCAGGAAGGCAGACAAGACGCCCGUCAUCCAUUACGACGACGACGGCGGGGUCGACCCCGAGACCCAAAGCCCCUCGCGCAUCAGGCAACAAGUCAGCAGCAUGUACCAGAUGGCGCUCAGCAAAGGGGUACAAGAUCGUGUUUUUCUGCAGCUUUAAUGAUGUUCUCCAUGAAUGAUUGCGCGGCGGCGCGGACCUCGACUUCCGUCGUUGAUUUGUUGACAAGCGUAAUAUCCUCGUCCGAAAGCGAAAGUAAUUCAGAGAGAAAAAAGAAACCAGGCUCCUGUUACUUAUGAAUGUGGUUGACACUACUAACUUAUAUUUUUUUUUUCGAGCAUGGGCAGUACGUAUUUCUGUAAACUCUAAAUCCUAAUUCUACAUUUUUUUAAAACAGCAUCGCGUGACGACUCGAGAAGACUACCUGGCAGCUGAAAGAGAGCAGACUUUGAAUCAACUCGCGAAGGGAAAUCAGAUCUAUUUUCAGCCGAUCACUGCAGGAGGCGGCCGAAACAAGAAGCGGCACGACCCACGAGUUCCGGAUCCGUUGAAAAUCAUGGAGGGCGAGUUCGAGACCGAAGACGCUUUCCUACAGGCUUUGGCCAACAAUCCGCUGGAGCCAAUUGCGUGGGUGCCGCCGGGGUUGGCCGACGACUUUGUCGUGGAGGUGGUCGCGAAAGAAGAGGACGAGGAAGAAGUCAAUCGCAAGAAGCGCCGAAAGGACAAGCUGAAGCGCAUGCAGAAAAAGCAGAAAAAACAAGACAUGCUUGCGCUGAGGGACUCAAGUCCGCCGGCUUUGGAGGAUGAGAAAGAAGAGGACUAUAGCUACCUGCUGCGAGCGAAGGGGAACAAACGCCAACCAAUCGAGGACCGGUUUCAGCACGCGAACACGAGAGAGAUCAAGUCCAUGGGUCGUCAGGCGAUGAAGCAAAUGCAGGGUCUUGCGGACGGCAUGGCUUCCAAGGUGAUGGAGUUUGAUCCGGAGAAAGCGCAAGAAAGGCAGGAUGCGGUCGACGACGCUUUGCUGGACGAGGCUCUGGAGGAAGCCGCGGGUGGGGCUGGUGUUGCGGGCGGUUCGCUGUCCCGGGAGAGAACCAUCGGGCAGCUGGCCACAGCGGAGACCAUUGCCGAUCUGGGUUCCUUGGAGGAGGAGCAGGAUGGCCUCGGUGAAGACGGAGAAAUUGUCGAUCAAAACGCGGCCCUGUUCGCUAGCAGACAGCAGCUGAUGAUUCCAAAAACAGAGGACGAGGUGCGGCGGGAUGCGUACUACGCUACGCCAAUCUAUAAUCACACCGUAGACACGCAGCGAGACCAGGAGCAGUGGGGCAAUUGGGAGCAGGAUUUUCGAGCGCAGCAACGGUACAAAUUGCGCAUAACAAUUCCGAUCGCGGAUCGAUGUCAGUGAGUGUUUACUUCAAAAUGCAAUACUGUCUGAUGUUUUUCGAUCAGUCACCGGGCACAAAGUUGUUAAGUAAGUACCUGUAUAGAUGUAAAUGGUUUCUCUUUCUAGAGCUUAUGAAACACCAUAAAACACCAGGUCGAACAUCAGGAAGCAGGUGAACCAGUUGAUAAAGAUCGCCGGCGACGACCCUGACAAAUACAAGUCGGCCUUGACGGUUGCCAAACAAAACUUCGGUAUUGGGUACGAUGAGGAUGACAUUCGGCGCAUGACUCGCAAGCACAAAGAGCUGUCCGAGGAGAAGGCUGCCAAAGCAGCUGAGAAGCAAGAGCAAAUGGAAGUCUACGUGAAGCAAGUGGAGCAGUGCAUGCUCUCUCGCGAUCCCUACGGGUUGGAGGAAGCCCUGAAGGGGCUAAAAGAGAUGACGCUCGGAACGCGCCAGCACGCACGUCUGCUCUCCAUUGCGCGCGCCGAGUUGCCCGUCGUGCAGAAGGAGGCAGAAGCCGCGCGGGUGGGGCGCGGGGAGCAAAGUCUGGCACCCCACUGGUCCAAAUACGUCGCGCCAGAUGUGUCCGAGGAACUGGCGCCCGGGAUGGGGGACCCGCAGGCAUUCCAGGUCCCUAGCCGAAAAAAACAUGACGAAUCCACCGAGGAGCCUGUGCCCGAGAAAAAGAAAAAAACUGGCGGUAAAUUCAAGAUAAAGUAGUCGUGUCGCGUUGGCUUGGCCAUCAUGGCAUUUUGACACCUAGUGACCUCCUAAUAAGUACUUUGACCACUACCUCUACCACACGGCUGCUGAGCUUUUUUUUUGCACAACCCUGCACAAGAACUCUGCCUGCCUUCCUCUGUAA